GACUACCUCUCGGCUCUCACAACCACCAACCCUAAAGAACCCCCUGAAACUUUGUGCAUUGGGAGACCAGUAAAAGCACCUACGCUAUCAAAGGCUAGCUCCUGAGUGGCAGCGAGAAGAAGAGAAACAAUGGCAGCCUCUCUCCUCCAUCUCUGCCACUGCAAACCCCACACCCAGCCAAUUUUGCUUCCAAAUUUGGCCCCAGAAAACACCAUUACCACCUUCACCAACACUACUAAUAACCUCAGUACUGUCUCUUACAGAUCAAGCUCCUCUAAUGUCAGCAAACUUAUACUACGAACCCUUCCUUUGACACGCCCCCACGUACUGAACCACGCCCACAGUUCCUCCUCGCAACCAUCCGUCGCCCCCUCCGAGACCACAUCCACGCCCGAAGAUCCUCUCAGAAUUGGAAUCGUUGGGUUCGGCAACUUCGGUCAGUUCAUCGCAAAGCGGCUCAAGCGACAAGGACACAUCGUCUUGGCAACAUCCCGCUCAGAUUAUUCCGAGUACUGUGCAGAAAGUGGCAUUGAAUUUUUCAGGGAUAUCGAUCAGUUCUGCGAAAAACAGCCAGAUGUGAUAUUGGUGUGUUGUUCUAUAUUGUCAACCGAGACUGUUGUCCGAAGCAUCCCAAUGCACAAGUUGAAGCCAGAUACCAUCUUCGCCGACGUCUUAUCGGUCAAACAGUUCCCCAGGAAUCUUCUUUUGGAGGUGCUUCCACCGGAAUUCGGCAUUAUUUGCACGCACCCGAUGUUCGGACCGGAGAGUGGAAAGCAGGGCUGGGCCGCGUUCCCGUUCGUCUUCGACAAGGUCCGGAUUGCGGAAAACAGCGUGCAGGGCCAGAAAUGUGCUCAGUUUCUAAGCAUCUUCGAGCGAGAGGGAUGCAGAAUGGUCGAAAUGUCUUGUGAAGAACAUGAUAGACAUGCCGCCGGCAGCCAAUUUAUCACCCACACCAUCGGAAGGAUUUUGUCACAUCUGAACUUAGAGUCCACAUCCAUCAACACCAAGGGCUAUGAAACACUCUUACAACUGACUGAAAAUACGGUCAGUGAUAGCUUCGAUCUCUAUUAUGGGCUCUUCAUGUAUAACGUAAACGCCACUGAGCAGAUUGAGAAUCUUGACAGAGCAUUUGAGACACUGAAGCAGAAGCUAUUCGGAAGACUCCAUGAUAUACUGAGGAGGCAGAUUGUAGAGAGGGUCCCACUACAGGGGGGCCCAACAAAGCCAAGGGAACCCAACCCCACAACUUACUUCUUGCCCAACAACGAGGAGAUGAAGGAUCUCUCCUCUUUUGCCAUGCCCCCUCCUCAGCAAAGCAAAAACGUAGCUUCUGCAUCUCCACACCGUAGAGACUCUCGGUCUAGAUAGUCUGGUCCCACAUUAAAACCAAAAGAUGUUUGUUCAUCAUCAGCCAUCUGAUUUUUUUCAUCAAUCGAAAUUUUUAAUUGAGCAUGUUAAUAAAAUGUUGGUGAAGCAGAGAAAGUCUAGUAUGCACUAUUCAUCCUUUUUGUAAGAGGGGAAUCCAUAUUGUAAUAUUGGAUAGGUGGGUCCAGGGUCCGACCCGUGACUGAGGCGACUCGUCAAAUUUUUGAGUGGGCUCUACAUGACUACAUCAACUAUGAACAUUUAUUAUUUACCAAAUAAUCCACCUGGCAUCAGAUUUUUGUAUUUUGCAUUUUUUUUUCUCAAUAAAAAGCCAAGUUUCAGAUUGGCAUGGUAGAGAUAAUA